AUGAGCAAACGCUCCUUUGACAAUUACUCUUUGGGCGAUCAAGCCUUUCACCACAUUACCAUUUCAUCGAUGUGCAAGACCGAGCCUGAUUUUGUUCCCCAGUUUCCUAGCUUUAUGCUGCCAUCCGAUCAACAUUAUUUCACUUUAACUAAUGCCUAUGAAUCAAAUUUCAAGAAGAAGAAAUUUUCAAACAUAUCCGACACCAUGAUUCCUUCUCCUCUCUGUAACCCAUUCAGUUCUACAACAACCAAUACUCUCUUUCUUCAAACAUCGGACAACUCACAAAACAAUAUUUGUCCACAAACAAACCACCAAAAAAUCGAAAAUGUAAAUAUAAUAGAGGAUGAUGCAAAACAUCAUCAAGGACAACAUGCAAUGGAAGAUGAUGAAGUCAUGUUCACAUUUACAACCAGUCACAAUGACACUAAUUUAUACAGGCAUCGGAAGCAUUUGCAACACAUUGAAUACCUUCGAGCCACAGUCAUAAACCAAGAGAUCAACAAAAAUGUUAUCAAUUUUCAGGUUAAAGGACACGCUUUUGGAUUUGCAACAAAUAGUGUACCAACAAAUAGGAAUUCCCAUUCAGAAACAGAGACUAGUUCUGAAAGGCAGAAUAAUUCCAUUCUCUGA